UUCUUGAUGACGGUUGCUCUGCUCGCUUUUCAUUUGCGAGUGGACAUGUAUUCAAUUGUAUUGUAUUCAUUCAAAUUAGUAAUUUCUAGUUGAGCAGACGCACCGCUGAGUAUUGAACAAACGCACUAAUAAAUAUAUAAAAAUAUAUAAUAAGGAUCCCAGACCUAUAUACAGGUAUAUAUAAAAAGGAUUGGAUAUGCACGUCAGCCACAAAAAGAAGUCUCGAGCACGUAAUCGACCCAAAAACAAAUGUAACCGAUCCGAUGUCUUACAACUCGAGGAAAACGUGCAGGAAAGUUCUGUGCCUAUUUCCGACUCGAAUGUCGUGGAAGCAACUGACCAGGUCGAGUCGAACAACAGUGCCAUCUUCGUGAUACAGAGGCUACUUCGCAAGAAACUGUUGGCCAAGAACAAUACAUCGAGUACAUCGGCACCGCCCAGCUCCACACUAAGGAACGUCUUAACGCAGCCGCAAACAGUUCCUAAGGACAUUAAAAAAGAAGAAGUUAAUGCGCUUCUCAAAUGCAUUGGAAGCAAAUUGCAAAAAGGUGCCGGAGGCGAAUUGCCAACGGAGGCGCUUUUCAGCAAGCUGGGCCAGAUGUUGAGCACGGCGCCCUUAAGUGAUACCGUUUGCGGCUCCGGAUCCGGAUCAGAUGACGACGAGGCAGAAUAUAUUGAGUACAUAUACAAGCCGCGGCAAUAUUUCAUGUCAUCGCUGUGCAACCACUGCAAAGCGGAUCUGUGUGGCAAGCAGCCUCUUCCCUGCAAGGGAUGUGGCCUGAUCUUCUACUGCAGCGUUGGACACAUGCGAGACGAUCAGGAACAUCGCCAGCUCUGUUACGGACUACGUCAGUUGGUUGAAAAAAAUGGUCAUGAUGUCUUUUAUAGAAGCGGCGAUUUUAGUGCUGAACAGUUUCGAUCUUACCGCAUUGUUUGCAUUCGGCAAUUGGAGCAGACCAUUAAUCGAUCACUAACGGCUAUUGAACAGGAAGUUCUUCUCUUUCCGCUCAUCUGCAACCAUGUGAAGUGUCGGGAGCAUCGAUAUAAGCGAUUGAAGGCGUGUGCCCGGUGUGGUGAAGUGGCCUUUUGCAAGGAUAAGCCGAAUCAUCUGAGUGAUUCCCAUGCCGCCUGGUGUGACACAUACAAGCUCUUCAAAGAAUUUGUUAUGCGACAGUUUAAAUUUGGACGUCUGGAACCACCGUUGCCCGAUGAGAUCCUCAGGGAAGCGCCCGUGUCCUGCUCAAAUACCAAGCAGAUAAUCAAAAGUCUAAAGUUUAAUGUGGGCGAUGAAUGCGAGUUUGCUGCACUCACUCAGAUUUCGACAGGACCUUUGACAGCAUUUUAUGCAUUAAAACUCUGCGACCGUCUGGAUGCCGAGCAGCUGACCAUUCACUUGGUUGGCGCGGAAAUGGAGUUUGAGGUUGAUGUGUUUCAGAAGUGGGAGAUAUUCCUACUUCACAUUCUGCCAACAGUCAGGACACUGCAUGUGGUCUUUGUUGGGCCAGAGUUAAACGCUCACAAAAUAUCUCUUGAGCAACUUGCAAAGAUAAGAUGUUGUCGACUGUGUCGCAAAGCACAACGCACGGUGGAUUAUUAUUUUGAGAACCGUCUUUAUCAUGACUAUUGCUCAGAGACAAGCUUUAAAAGCCCAGACCUAGUAUGUUUUUUCAACUCGGGACUUUAUCGAGCGACAGGAUAUGCUUUGGAGGAUACCUGGCCGGAUACCAUACAAGCAUCCUUGAAUCUGAAGUGCCCUGUUGUAGUAACAUCUUAUACUAAAUACGAAGCCCCACUGGAUAUGAGCCAUUUCAUUAAUCAAUCCAAUCGUAAAUUGAACGUUGUUCUUCCGCCCACCACAAACCCCUUUGGAUCGGAAAAACCAGAGCGUAAUUUUAUAUCUGACGAUGAUGCUCCUUUUAUGUUUAAGAACUUUCAGUGCUUCAUUGUUGAGUGAGUUCCAUUUGUCCAAAUUGUCUAUUUCUCAUCAAACAAAUUUUACCGUUUCGAUCAAAGCAAUUUUAUUAUCCAGUAAGUGUAUAUGCUGGAAAUAAAAACAAAACCAUAAGUGGCGCAUUUA